UAUUAAUUUUGUUAAAUACACCAAUUGAGAAAAUUUAUUUUAUUAUGGUACAAUGACUCAAAUUUCUUUAUGUCGUACAGGGCACCCGAUUUCUGGGAGACGGUCCUGCAUCCAUAUUCCCCAAGAGAUCAUUAUUACAGUUUUGCCAUCCCAUUAUGACCCACAAAGAGGGAAACUAAGAAAAUACUCCGUAGUAAACUAACCAUUAAGUUAUAAGUUGAUACCAUUUCAAAGAUUUGUGAAAGAAUCUUGGGGCUAUAAAUAAAAUGUAUAGAAGCAACUUAACGGCAUACCCUGAUUUUCAAUCAUUCACCGCAAAGGCUUGUUUUACUCUGUACUACUUACUUCAUAGCAUAAUUGAAGACUAUGGUCACAUUUACAUUGGAAAAGAGAAUUUGAAUAAUGUCUCACACUCAGCUCUUCUCUCUCUCUAUCUCCCAACUCCCCCUUUAUGGACGCAGGAGAACCUCAAACUCCUCCCCCCGGCUCAAACUCCUCAAUGCAGAUCACACAAGUAUCCGUCACGUCUCCCGCAGCUGGAUCGAAGGGGCGGCGCGCGCGGGAGACGUGCGGCCAACUCCACCUCCGCCGAGUUUUCUCUCGUUCCCAGCCUCACCUACACCUACAUGGACGCAGAAAUGCCGAACAUCUCAAGGCCAUUUCUCCGCUACACGGUCAUCGUGCUCGUCAUGGUGGCCGUCGUGCUCGUCGUGGUGGCGGCGGUAUGCCUCCUGAGGUGCCUCUAUCGCUGUUUCCGCCGCUGCUGCCUCCGCGAGACGGCGGAGGAGUAGUUGGUUGGUUUUCUUCCUAGCUAGAUUUGGUUCCUUCUCCAUCCUCUUCUUCUUUUAAUGUUAUGUUUGUAGAUUUGGUUCCUUCUCCCUCCUCUUCUUCUUUUAAUGUUAUGUUUGUAGAUUUGGUUCUUAGAUUUGGUUCCAUGACCUUCUCCUUU